ACCCUCCUGCACCAGGAGAACCCGUACCCCUCAUCCUUCUCUCUCCUCCACCAGUUAAACCACCCACCCUCGCUCUCUCUCUCUCUAGAAUUCCCAGUAUUUCCCAUACGAAUUAGCAAUGGCCGGCCGAGGCAAAACCCUAGGAUCCGGAGCAUCGAAGAAGGCCACGUCGAGGAGCAGCAAAGCCGGCCUCCAAUUCCCUGUCGGCCGUAUAGCCCGGUUCUUGAAAGCCGGAAAAUACGCCGAGAGGGUCGGCGCCGGAGCCCCAGUCUACCUCGCCGCCGUCCUAGAGUACCUCGCUGCUGAGGUGCUUGAGUUGGCUGGGAACGCAGCAAGAGACAACAAGAAGACGAGAAUUGUGCCUCGACACAUCCAAUUGGCCGUGAGGAACGACGAGGAGCUGAGCAAGCUCCUUGGAGACGUGACGAUUGCCAAUGGUGGAGUCAUGCCCAAUAUCCACAACCUCCUGCUCCCCAAGAAGACCGGUUCAUCAAAGCCUGCUGCUGAUGAAGAUUAGUCUUGUUGUCAAUUUGAAAUGAUAUGAGAGUCGUUAGUGUUGUUUAGGUUGGAAUUAGGGUUUGAGAGUUGGGUUUCUUGUGACGUAUGUUUUAGUAAUUUGUAGUAGUACGAGUAGUGUGUAGAAGUUUCGUUUCAGAUGUGAAUAUCGAUCGGUAUUCUGUUAUUGUAGCAGAUGCGGUUACACUGAUGAAUGGAAGAAUGAUUGUUACCA